AUGGCAGUUGGGUUGAAAGGCAUCUUGAUUGAUGAUAUGGGGCUUUCUCGAGUAACAACAAAGAAGGUGAUGGAGAUGAUGGAUGUUCAAGCUGAUCGUGAUAUUGAUUUAAAACUUGUUCAUGGGGAGAGGCCAACCGUUGACCUUCGAGCAACCCAAGUUGAAUGGAAUGCUUUGGAGUUCGAUGAAAUAGCAAUGAAGGCGAAGAAUACAACAAAUGGCAGAGGGAAGCAUACUACUCGCCAUGUUUCUCUGCUUCCGUUGUCAGGAGGGGGUUACCUUGCUGAUACUUCUGGGUUUAACCAGCCUAGUUUGAUGAAAGUAACAAAACAAUCUCUCGCUCAAGCUUUCCUUGAGAUCCGGAAAGUGCUCAGUGACGGGCCUGAUAAAUGUUCAUUCAAUGAUUGCUUGCAUCUCGGUGAACUAGGGUGUAUUGUGAAAGCAGAUUGGGAGAGAUGCCCAUACUAUUUUCAGCUUCUUGAUGAGAUAAGAAUCAGGGAAGAAUUCCAGCUCAGGACCUUUGGAACCAAAAGAGAGGGUGAUUUGAGGUACAAGAUGGGAGAUAUGGGUGUUCAGCAAGCAGAACCGCGGUUGGAGCCUAAGAAGCAUAGGAGAAAAUCUCGUAAGAGCAUCAACCAAUCAAUUAUAGAUGAGUUGGAUGAGCUGGAGGACGAUGACGACGACUUGGAAGUGGAAAAAUGAUCAUUUUUUAAGAGCAAUGAGGAAUA